AUGUCUUUCACGUUACCCCCGCCUCUAAAACAGCAGCUCACGCUUUAUCGCGAUUCGCUCAACUCUCAGAUUGAAGCUUGGGCAGCUGAAUAUCAUGUCAAUCCAGCCGCUAUUCGUCGUCAUCUAGGUUUCUCUCGCGAGUUUGGACGCCAGCCCAAUUCAUGGAACUUGUAUCAGCGCUACCUGGCGGAGCAAAAGCGCAAGAAUGCGAACGGGGAGCCCUCUGCGCUGGGUGCUGCCAUGGCCAAUCUUGGCCCGAACUCGAAUUCCACACAAGCUCAACGUAUCCGCGAUGAAUUGGCGCCUCUUUACCAAAAAAUGAAAGAAGAUCCCGAGUUUAUGUCGAGAACGCAACAGGAAAUUCAGGCGUGGGAGCAAGAUAACCGGGUUGAGAAAUCGAAUUCUGUAACUCGUGCUGAAUACAAACGUGCUGUGCGCCGCUUUGAACAGUUUUCUCAGCAAUGCUCUCAAAAUCUUGGGGCUGAAUCCUUCACAAUCAUUGCUCACCCGAAUAUCGGAUCCAAUCAUGUACAGAUUGCGGCGUCACCUGCAGGUCUGCACGCGUUCCAGACAGCACUAGGUACAGGAAAGCCUCUCGAAACGUUCCAGAACCGCUUCGCUGCGUGUAUUUGUUUAACAAUUGCGCCCACAGAAGAUCCUACGGCGCUAGAGCGUGAUGCUCAUCUUAAUAUUCAGGUUCCUCUGCAACCUCAGGAGCCCAUCAUUCUACCAGAAGAUCCCACAAUGCUCACCUCCAUCCAAAAGCGUAAGCUUGCCACACCUCUUUUUCAGCGUUUGGUCGAGUCGUGCCUUGACCCGGUGGGCCUUGCCAACUUCCGAAAAAAAUCUCAAUCGCGGUUUCCCUGGAAGGGCCUCAUGACGUGGCUGCAUGAAAAUGGCUACCGGUUUAACUACUGGCCGAAUGAUUCGACGCUUUAUGGUAUCCGGCAUCCCACCGAUGAAACGGCGCUGCUUCCCGCGCACCUCCGGUGCGAGGGUCUGAACACACCUAACUGCUGGAAGUCGGAGGCUAUGAACGCCAUUUUGCGUGCCUGUGUGCACCCUACGGAUCCACUUCGUGUCGUGCGCAUGUAA